AUGCAUGUAACUGUCCUCUCUUUUCUUCAGGACAGAGUCAUCAAUCUAGUUGUUGGCGGCUUAACGUCCUUGCUGCUUGUAGUCACUCUAAUCAGCGCUUUUGUCUUCCCACAACUACCUCCAAAACCUGUGAAUGUUUUUUUUGCUUUCUGCAUCUCCUUGUGUUGCAUUUCUGCCGGCAUACUUAUCUACUGGUAUCGCCAAGGAGACCUGGAACCUAAAUUUAGGAACCUGAUUUACUAUAUAUUAUUUUCUAUUGUCAUGUUAUGUAUAUGUGCCAACCUGUACUUCCAUGAAGUGGGUAAAUGAUGGACACGGGGGAUACCUAGCGAUGAUGCUACAUCAGACUGCUUUCAGCUCAGCUCUACCCGAGACAUUUCAGUGAGGACAAUCAGCCUGAGAGGAAAGAAGUGGGUUGUGCAAGGAUAAAUCAGUACAUGAUUUUCAUGUAAAUGUAUAUGUAAUGUCCCUCUUGUUGGGGAGAAAUAUUGCCAUAAGACGUGACAUUCUGCUUUUUUUUGAAGAGCUACUGUUGUACUUAACGAACAUUCCAGUUGUACUGAUGUUUCAGAAUUGGCACAAGCUUUUUCAUUUUGGAAAAUGCAUUUUUUUAUUACUGUACAAAUAAACUGCAGCAUUGCAAGGAUCUGUAGCAGUAUAAAUAAAGGGCAUCUUAC